AUGGUCCAGAAGUACAACAUCAUGGGUGCCCAGAUCGGGUCGCACUACCUCGCCAUGGGUGUCCUCAGCGCCCUCUUCGGCGGUACCUACUUGGCUGUCGGCGGUGGUGGCAGCAAGGCCUCAGCUGUCACCAAGGCCCCCCCGAUCAACGCAUCCAGCUCCGACGAGGAGAACUUCAUCAAGAACUUCUUGGACGAGGCGAACAAGGGCGAGAAGACGGCCGCCAAGCACUAA